AGAGAGAGAGAGAGAGAGAGAGAAGUGUUUGAUUUCACUUUCACUUUUCAGAGCUGACUCACCCGGGCGUGAAGCAUACGGACAAAAACACACAAAUAUACACUGAAUUUGACAACAAAAAACCAUCAAAACACACCCAGAAUGGCUUUCAAAUACCCUGAAGCGCGGAGGGAUGACAGUAAGGUGGACGAUUAUCACGGAGAGAAGAUCCCAGACCCGUACCACUGGCUGGAAGACCCCGACUGUGAGGAGACUAAGAUGUUUGUGGAAGAGCAGAAUAAACUGACCAUGCCGUUCCUGGAAGAGUGUGCCGUCAAAGAGCGCUUCCACCAGCGCCUCACCGAACUCUACAACUACCCCAAAUACAGCUGCCCUUACAAGAGAGGGAAGAGAUAUUUCUAUUUCCAUAACGAGGGUCUGCAGAGCCAGGACGUUCUGUAUGUGCAGGACUCUUUAGACAGUCCAGCGUCGGUGUUCUUCGACCCAAACAAGCUCUCAGAAGACGGAACGGUGGCUCUCAAGAUGGGCCGCCUGUCAGAGGACUGUGAGUAUUUUGCGUACGGCCUGAGCAGCGCUGGCUCUGAUUGGGUGACCAUACACUUCCUGAAGGCUGAUGACCUCACCGAGCUGCCGGACCUUCUGGAGAGGGUGAAGUUCAGCUGCCUGGCCUGGACCCACGACGCCAAGGGCAUCUUCUACAACUGCUACCCUCGACAGGACGGCAAAGCUGACGGCACCGAGACCACAACAAACCUAAACCAGAAACUGUACUACCAUGUCAUUGGCACAAGCCAAUCAGAAGACGUCCUGGUGGCCGAGUUUCCUGACAACCCAAAAUGGCACAGUAACCUUACCGUUUCUGACGAUGGCAGGUAUGCAGUGCUGUCCAUCACUGAAGGCUGUGAGCCGGUGAACCGUCUGUGGUACUGCGACCUGCAGCGGCUGCCCGACGGCAUCACAGGUUUGCUGCCGUGGGUGAAGUUGGUUGACACAUUUGAAGCGCAGUACACAUACAUCACCAACGACGACACUGUCUUCACUUUACGCACCAACCUGGAGGCUCCUCGUUACCGCCUGAUUACCAUAGACCUGCAGGAACCGGAGCAGAAGCACUGGAAAACCCUCAUUCCCCAACACGAGAAGGACGUCCUGGGCUUUGUGGAGUGUGUGAACCAGCGCUACCUGCUGGUGAAUUAUGUGCAUGACGUGAAGGACAUCUUACAGCUGUAUGAACUGCAGUCAGGGAAACUGAUCCGGGACCUGCCGUUAGACGUGGGCACUGUAGUCGGCCUCAGCUGCAAGAAGAAGCACUCUGACUUCUUCUACAAGUUCACCUCCUUCACGACACCUGGUAUAAUCUACCACUGUGACCUGAGCAAAGCCGACCCGGAGCCCACGGUCUUCCGGCAGGUGGAGGUCAAAGGCGUCGAGCCGAGUGACUAUCAGACAACUCAGGUGUUUUACCCCAGUAAAGAUGGCACAGAGAUCCCAAUGUUCCUGGUUCAUGCACGCGGCAUAAAGAAAGACGGCUCUCAUCCAGUCUUCCUGUACGGAUACGGAGGCUUUGAGAACUCGAUUCAGCCGCACUACAAUACUGCUUACCUGCUUUUUAUAAGACACCUGGGAGGAAUCCUGGCUGUAGCGAACAUCCGAGGAGGAGGAGAGUACGGCCAGACCUGGCACAAAGCUGGCACUCUCGGGAACAAGCAGAACUGUUUCGAUGACUUCCAGAGCGCGGCCGAGUACCUGAUCCAGGAGGGAUUCACCACGGCCAGCCGGAUCGCCAUCAACGGAGCGUCCAACGGCGGCCUGCUCGUGGCGGCGUGUGUGAACCAGCGGCCCGAGCUCUUCGGCUGUGCGGUGGCUGAGGUCGGGGUCAUGGACAUGCUCAAGUUCCACAAAUUCACCAUCGGCCACGCCUGGACCACCGACUACGGCUGUGCGGACGAUCCUGAACAGUUUAAAUGGCUCAUCAAGUACUCUCCUCUCCAUAACCUUCCGCAGGCUCCUCGAGACGGGCCGCCGUACCCCGCUAUGCUGCUGCUGACGGCCGAUCACGACGACCGCGUGGUUCCCCUGCACACUCUGAAGUACGUGGCCACUCUCCAGCACGGCGUGGGCCGCAACCCCGGACAGAAGCAGCCGCUGAUGGUCAGAGUGGACACACGGAGCGGACACGGAGCCGGGAAACCCACCGCUAAAGCCAUCCUGGAGGACACACACAUCUUCUCUUUUAUAGCUCAGACACUGGGCCUCAGCUGGAGAGAAUGAGAGAGCUGCAGAAGAUCAGGCACAAAUUAUCUAGUGAUCUCUAAAGAUAUCAUCUUUAUGCAGAGAGAGAGAGACUGAGAGGAGGUUCUAUACAGAACAGAAGGGUUCUUGACUCAAUUUAAAGAACUCUUUACAGCAAAAUUAUUGCAUAACGCUUUCAUGUUUAACGGGUUAUUUCUAGUGAUAAAGAAUGUUUAUGAGCUGUUUAAUUCAUUUAGAAAAGAACUAAUUCAUUCAUUAAAACUAAAUCCAUAAAAGGAACCUGAUGAAACCCUUUAAGCUCCUUUAAAGAAGCUUCUCUGUGUAGUGAGUAAUGAUUGACGAUAUAAAUCAUAGAAGAGACUGAAUUGAUUUUUUACUUUUGUUUCAGCAUUGUUUUUGUAACAAUAAACAAUUUCUUUUUUGAUCAAUCCA